AUGUAUCUCGAAUCCUAUAGUGAAACCCCAUUUCUCCAAUUUUCUUCUCCAACUCACUCGACUCUCACCCUAGGCACACGAUCGGGCCCUUUUAUCCUAUCCGUCGUGCGCCCCGUGGCACUGGCCCGCGACGGGCCUCUCCGCCCCUGCACUCCCUGCUGCCGCCCGCGACCCAUCUGCACCGACGCCUCUUCGCCGCUCUGCGGCUUUCUUCCUUCCCACCCCCCCCUUUCUCUUGUCUCCCUGCAGCCGUGGGGAGGAGGGUAUGGGGGUGGAGGGUGUUGGAGCGGUGGGUCAACUCUCUCCCUUCCCCUCCUCCUUCUUUCAGUCCCACCACUGCAGCUGCUGCUGGGGGGGGAGGGUGUGAGGAUGUGGGUGAGCAGGGGGAGUGGUACCGGGGUGGCGGGUGUGAGGCAACAAGCAGCCGUCUCUCCACCUCUCCUCUCUUCCCCCUUUCUCUGCUGCUUCUGCAGCAGUGUGGGGGAGGGGAAGGAGGAGGGUGAGGAGAUGGAGGGGGUAACCUUUCAAAGUUAG